AUGCUCUUCCGUGGGUCAGCCGCCACGUGGGUUCUUCUGGUGAUCUUGAUGGUCGGGAAUCACGUCCAAGAGUUUGUAGACGCCCCAUUGGCGGGCAAUGGCCAUGUUGGGAGGCAGGGCAAGUUUGCAAGGUCGUUCGGAAAGCCGACGCAUGGGGCAGCGCAUAGCUCUAAAUGUGAACUUGUCUUAAUGGCUGACAUGGGGGGGGUUAAAGUUGGACCUCCCUCUUUGCAUUCUCGAUCGUGUCUUGUUCUGUCACAGACUGACUCUGGCUGCGGCAGCAAUACCAAAGUGCUCAGUCAGAGCCGGCUCCAGCUUCUAGAAGACGCCGCGAUGACUGCCAACAUACCUUCAAAGCUCAUGGUUCCGGCGCGGCCGGUGCUCUUCGCACCGCGCAUAUUCGGGCCCAAGAUCUGUGCUCAUGUCGUCCUGCUGGGCACCUUCUGGUAA